UCUCGCCAAGGUCCGCGGCAAGGAGAUGCCCCGCAUGUCGGCCGACUGCCGCACCAAGAACCGCGUGAUCGUGCGGCCGGGCCUGGACUCGCGCAAGGUGUGGGUGUUCUGCCCGGCCGAGCCCAACUCCAACGAGGUGGCCGAGCUCUUCUCCGAGGGCUGGGAGCCGCGCGCCAACUCGUCGCCGCUGGCCAUGCUGUCGCCGCUGGCACGCGCGCUCAUCGUGGAGCUCGUGCAGCGCGAGGACUCGGCCCGCGCGCCGGGGCCCGCGCCGCACGUGUCCUGGAUGCAGGUGUCGCGCAGCCACCGGCCCGCCGCCGCCUCGUCCACCACCUCGCCGCAGGACUGCCCCUCCAGGUGUCCCGAGCUCAACGCGUGCAUCCCGGACAACCUGUGGUGCGACGGCAAGGCCCACUGCCCGUCCGGCUUCGACGAGGACGAGUCCAACUGCGCCUUCCAGCUGGGCGUGCCCACGCUGUACCUGGUGACGGGCGCGUGCGCGCUGGCCGCGCUGCUGCUGCUCGUGGGGCUCACCUUCUGCGUGCGGCUGUGCCGGUCGCGGCGCAAGGAGCGUCACCAGCACGCCAACAACAAGCUGGCCGGCAACGCCAUGGGCCCCAUGGGGCCGAUGGGGCCCAUGGGGCCGUACGGCCCGGGCGCCAAUAACCACCACCACCUGCACGUCAACCACCUGCACGCCAACGGCGACGUGAAGACGGCCACGCUCACCAAGCGCUUCCACCACGGCCACCACGGGCUGCAGGGACACGGCCUCCAGGGCCACGGGCUGCAGGGCCACGGACCGCCGCCGGGGCACGGCCCCCCGGGCGUCGGCCUCCAGGGCUACCCGGGGCCGCCCGGCCCGCCCGAGGACUUUUACUUCGACGGCAAGGACUCGCUGUGUUGACAGAACGUCCUGGCUAUUGAGACCACGGUGUGAGGGGCGGCCGCGCACGGGGCGCCCAGGACGGCGUCGACGGCGUCCUGCCCGCGCCAAGAGACAAUCACGACGAGGAGGGGGUGCGCCCCCCACAUGUAGCUAAACGUUAGGGGCUCGGUGUGUCGGCCACGGCCGAGCACCUGCCCCCGGGGUGGAGGCUCAAAAAGGUGACAAGACUGAAUCAAAGUCGUCCACAGCCGUCCAGUACCCGACGGGGGACGGCGGCCGAGUGGUCUCAUAGUCAGGUGCCGGAGCGAUCCGCCGUAGGUUAUAGUGACUCUAGCACUUGGUCGGGAAGGCUGGUGCGUGACUACAGUGUGACCACGGCCACCCUACGACUACGGUGCGAGGUCCCAGGGGACGACGGGGCCCGCGGGGCAGACUGAAGUCUCCAGUCUGUUCUCUGUGAUGUUACUGCGUCUGCCAGCGAGAACGUCCAUGCUGUGUAUAAUGUAUGAGUGAGUGUGUGUGUCCGUGCGUGUUACUGUGUGUCUGUAUGUCUGUCAUGUAUGUAUGUGGGAGUGGUUGCAAAUGUGUUCUAAUGGAGCUCGAUGUACAAAGAGGAUGUGACUUUUUAUAAAUAAAUUAUUCGAUUGUU